CUUUGAAAGUCGAGACAGGAACACGCUGUCUCUGUGCUGCUGCACUUGACCCUGGUUUCUCCACGUUAGGCACCGAAACAGCACGACCAGCGGACCACUGUCCGUCCUGCUCCGACAGAGACAGAGAGAGAGAGGGAGAGAGAGAGAGAGAGAGCACGCGCGAAUCAUGGUCUCAGGACCGGACUGAAACCAACUAGUCAAGUACCAGCUUCCCAUGAGAUUUCCCCUUGACAUGGGGAAAAACUGAAAAUGAAGGGCGAAUAAACGUCAGAUAGCCUACGUUAGUCAUUACAAGAGGUCGCGAUAUAAAUAACCGUGCUCAGCUACGGCACUGAAGCUGCUGCUGAAGGAGUCGAUGCGGAACUUUGGACUUACAUCAUUUAGUUGUUGUUUUUUAUUUUGCAACUUCUCAGGUUAUAUUCAGCUGCGUUUCAUUCAUCACGUGAGGGGGUCCUCAACCCACUGGAUUUUAACAUGUUAGCAGCUAAUGAUUUACUAAAGCAUGCUUGCUCUAGAGCCACUUUGCUGAUAGUAAGCGUCGCUGGAGACGUGGAUCUUUGGUGAAGUGCACGUUCAAGAUUAUUAUUAACGUGCUCUCUUGUGGCUUACUCUCGCUACAGUGCUGUAAGGAAAGGAGAGUGCCUGUCAUCGGUGUAAAAAACAAAACUUAAAGGAGAGCGCUGCAUGGACUUACAUAUGAGUGAAAACCACUCACCGACAUUUAUGGAGGGUCGCUUUGUAAUGCUGCUCUGAGUGUUACUCUAGGACGCAGCUCUUGGCCACAAUAAAAGUGCAUUGUUUAACACUGCACUGGGGACUAGUUUACCAGCCUGUUUGCCUGGGCUUGUGCCAUAGACUAGCAAUACUGCAAGUAAAAACACCUUCGGGCCUGAGCGACGACUACUUCCUCUCGUGCCCGGACCAUGGCCUCCCCCUCGCGGGAAAGCUGCUUCUGGUUGCUCUGGAGACUGACCCUCCUCGCGCUCUGGCUGUGUGCGCUCGUGGCGCGUGCAACGCAGGAAGGUGGCACCUUUAGCGCAGAGUCAUGGCUGAGGAUGUAUGGUUACCUACCCCAGGCCAGCAGACAGAUGUCAACCAUGCGAUCAGCUCAGAUCCUGUCCAAUGCCAUCAGCGACAUGCAACGGUUCUACGGCCUAGAGGUCACGGGACAGAUGGACCCUCAAACCAUUAGUGCUAUGAAAAGACCACGCUGUGGUGUGCCUGACAAGUUUGGAGGACAGAUCAAAACCAAUGUGCGGCGGAAACGUUAUGCCCUCACCGGACAUAAAUGGAACAAGAACCAUCUCACUUACAGUGUCCAAAACUACACUCCCAAGAUCGGAGAGUAUAACUCGUACGAGGCUGUUCGGCGGGCCUUUAAAGUCUGGGAGAGUGUCAUCCCAUUGACCUUUGAUGAAAUCCCAUACCAGGAGAUCAAAUAUGGACGUCGCAAAGAGCCCGACAUCAUGAUCUUCUUUGCUUCAGGUUUUCACGGAGACAGUUCUCCUUUUGAUGGGGAGGGGGGUUUCUUGGCUCACGCCUACUUCCCUGGACCUGGAAUGGGUGGGGACACACACUUUGACUCUGAUGAACCAUGGACCAUAGGAAACCAGAACAUACAAGGUAAUGACCUCUUCCUGGUAGCAGUACAUGAGCUGGGUCACGCCCUGGGUUUAGAGCAUUCCAACAACCCACUGGCUAUCAUGGCUCCCUUUUACCAGUGGAUGGAGACUGAGAACUUCCAGCUGCCUGAGGAUGAUUGGCGGGGCAUACAGCAGAUCUAUGGUCAACCAGACAGUGGUCCUACCCAGGCCCUGCCCACUGUGAUACCCCGCCGCCCAGAGCCUAGGCCACCUCAAACACCUCCUCGGCAUCCCAACCGCCCAAGGACCACAGAUAGACCAGAUCACUACGGACCCAAUAUCUGUGAAGGAAACUUUGACACAGUUACUAUGCUCCGAGGAGAAAUGUUUGUUUUCAAGGGUCGUUGGUUCUGGCGGGUGCGCAGGAACAGGGUUCUGGAUAACUACCCGAUGCCCAUCAGUCACUUCUGGAGGGGUCUGCCUGGAGACAUAGAUGCUGCCUAUGAAAGACAUGACGGCAGGUUCGUCUUCUUUAAAGGAAACAGAUUCUGGCUUUUUAGGGAAGCUAACCUGGAACCGGACUAUCCACAAGAGCUGGUCGAUUAUGGUCGCGAUAUACCCUAUGACAGGAUAGACACAGCCAUCUGGUGGGAGCCAUCUGGCUACACUUACUUCUUUCAAGGAGACCGGUACUGGCGUUUCAAUGAGCAGUCCCGCUCAGCUGACAGAGGCUACCCGAAACCAAUAAGUGUCUGGGGAUCGUCGGUGCCCUCUACUCCCAAGGGGGCCUUCCUCAGUGAUGAUGGAGCUUACACCUUCUUCUAUAAGGGUUCCAAAUACUGGAAGUUUGACAACCACCGCAUGAAGAGUGAGCCAGGCUACCCCAAGUCCAUCCUGAGAGACUUCAUGGGCUGCAGUGUAGACCUGGAUCCCGACAGGGACACAGACACAGACUCGGGACGCAAAUACCCAGACGUGAACCGUCCACCAUUCAACCCAGAUGCGGGGAAUGAUGGCGACAAGGACAAAGACCAGGAUGGAACAGAUCAUGGUGGAACAGACAAAGACACGGGUAAAGGCUCUGACGACAAAGAUGAAGACUACCGUGAGGGUCGUGAGGAAGACACCAACGAGGUGGAUGUGGUGCUGAAGGUGGACGACAGUGAGGAGCGGACCAUGAAUAUCCUGAUGGUAACCAUCCCACUCGUCCUGGUGCUGUGCAUCUUGGGACUGAUUUACGCCAUCAUCAACACGCUGCAGAGCAAAGGGGCGCCGCGACUGCUGGUGCAUUGCAAGCGCUCACUGCAGGACUGGGUCUGACCCUUGACAUUAGGAGACACUGAACUUGGAACUUAAAUUGGACCUUCAACACCCCCUCCUCUAAUCCAGCCCUCUUCCCAGUGAUCCAUCUGUCUCAAGUCUCUGUGCUCUGUGGCUCCUGCAACUCUUAGUAUAGGUGGUAGUAAAUCCAUGCAAAUACUGUACUGAUACACACACACAAACUAAAUCAUGUCUUACAUAAACACACACACAGGCACACCACCCUAACCUUGUCUUGUCUCCCAUGGUGCUCUACAAUGAGUUGACUGUAGUCUAUUUAUAUGAGAGAAGUUUGCACAUUGUUUUUUUCCCUUGUUUUUGUUUUAGUUUUUUGUUACUUUUUGUUGUUGUUAUUAUUAUUUCUAAACCAGGAAGGCCACUCUAUUCUCUCUCCCCUCUCUGCACCACCCUCCUCCUUCCCCUACAGUAGGGGCUUUUUCCUUUGCUGAUAACUUGACAUCUGUGUAUGCUAUCACAGUUGCUAUAAAAGAAAUAUACAGAUACAAAGAAAAGGAGAGAGUGAUUUGGAGACAGACCACUAUGCUUCAAUCAGGGUUCAGUAGUAUUCCUUCCUCUUCUCAUCAUCUUCUUCAUGUUGUCCACUCUCUUCCCUUUUCUCUGCAGUACAGUAUCUCAUGGGCUGGGGUGUGACUUAGAGAGAAACAGGGUUCAUUUCAUAGUUUACAGUAAGUAGCAUUUUGAGGCUAUCCUCCCUUUGACUCCCUGUAAAGGAGAUGUUGUAACUGUGAAGGUUGGAUCAGAGCUCAGUUUGUUACUCAUACAGUCACUGUUUUAGUUUUACAGGAUAAUUCCAUCUUAUUAUAACUUGGAUCCUUUUUUCAGUUUUGACCAUUGAUUUUAAUGGUAACAGUACCACUGUACUCACCAGAUUAUUUGCUGGAAUCAGAGAAUCUGAUGACAUCGCUAAAACAAAGUCAGUCAUACAGGCUUUAAACAAACCCCUAGGUUAGUUAGACUUAUUUGUAAAAGAAAGCAAAUACAGACAGUAGAAGUAUUACCCCGACUGCCUGUUGUAAACAUCAUUUUCCAGAUACCUGCUGCACUUGUCAUAGUUGUGCACACACACUGCAGCUUGCAUAUAUCAGGGAGAAGUGAUAUUUCUGGUGCACUGGUGUCCAGUUUUACCUCCAAAUAAAGUGAUUUGGAUAAUCUGUCUAACAUGGGGGUGAGUUUAAAUGAUUUGGCAUUUUGAGAAAUACAGUACAUUUAUUCACUUUUUUGUGGACAUUUGAUGAGAAGAUAAAUACCUGUCAUGUCUGUACACCAAGUAUGACACUACAGCCAGCAGGCAAUUAUCUUAUCUGAGCAUGAAAACUGGAAGCAGGGAGACCCAGCUAGCCUGACUCUAUCAGCACUUUCCAAUCAUCCAGCCAUCCAUUAUCUAUACAGCCUAUCCUCAGUAGGGUCAUGGGCGGCUGGAGCCUAUCACACCUGACAUUGGGCAAGAGGCAGGGUGCACCCUGGACAGGUUGCCAGUCUAUCACAGGGCUGACAUGCAGAGAAACAAUCACACACACACACUAGCCUACCAGCACCUCUACAUUUGAAGGACUAGCAUGUUAUACCUUGUUUGUUUAGUUGUGCUAGUAGGCAGAUUUGUGGGCUUUGGACAGAACCUGACCAGUGGUUUCUCCCUGCUUCUAAACUUCUCAUCUAACUUUUGCAAAAAAAAAAAAAAACAAGUUAAGAAGCUUAUUUCUCAAAAUGUUUUUUUUAAACCUGCCUGAGCUUGUGUAGCUAUAGUCAAAGAUAUCAGCCAUUGCAAUGUUAUGAUACCAUAACAGGUAGAAAUGAUGGCUAUAAAGAAAAGGACUAGGAAAAUAAGAUCCAAGCAUUAUCCUGUAAAUUCAGACUUGUUUUCCUUCUUUCGCACGUGACCAAGUCUACUUUGGCUGGAAGGGUUGUAAAGAGGUCCACUUCCCUUAACUUUUACGUAUGUGGCUAACUCUCAGAGAGCGUCUUUUCUGUCCACAAUAAGACUUAAUUUUUUUAUACUGCAGAGGAGACGGACUAAUGGUCACAGCUCACUGUGAAACCACACAGGAGAUGGAACGUUCAUUGUGGCUCUGUGUGUAACAUAAAACAAACAAACAAAGCAAAGCCAUGGCCUUUAGCUUCAGAACAGGAUGCAGCACCACAAAAGCAUCACAGCGGUCACAUGGUGCAGCUAAUUUGCCAUGUGGUUUAUAAUGGGCUUUUACUUCUGGUGUUUGAAAAGAACAAUUUAAGAAACUUCUCUGAUGACCUGUGAGCUUUCUGUUGUAAAGAUAGCUUAGCAUAACUCAAGUGCCAGGGUGGGCUCAUGUGAGCACAGACUAAUCCUCCUCAUUAAAAAACAGCAGGUGUGCGCAAAUGCUGUUAACCCCCAUGACCCCUAAACUCAACUUUGAACUCCCAGAAUCAAAACACUCUCAGCUCCAGAAGAACAGAGAUAGAGUGAAGAGGAGUGUGUGUGCAGAAUCAUGCCCAUCUCAACUACUCAUUUUAUCAGUACUGAAGAACCACACCUGUGUUUUUGGACAUUUUAGCUACUUUAUUACAACCAUUUCCAAAUGCAUGCCAUAGAGUUUUAAUUUUUGUUUGUGUCUCUUCCCCCCCCCAUAUGUGGCAGCCAUUAGUUUCCACCAUAUGAAAAACAACCAGCAGACUAUUUAAACACAAAAAUAAUGUAACUUUGACCAAAGUUAAUGCAGACUUAGAUGUUCACUUUGAUGGAUUAAACAAUUCAUGUAGUCUACUUACUGAUUUUCCUGCUGUAUGAAACUGAAUGGAAGCCAGUGGCUGCCAUGAAAAAAUCUU